UCGGGGCAACCCGCAGUACAUGCAUGUGAUAUCGUAUUUGUUAACGCAGCAUAACUACGGCCACCCUGCAUCGCCUUAAUGCAUUUUGUAUUUCUUAGAACAUAGAUUGCAGCGUUGCAUUUUUGUUUAACGAUAAGUUUAUAGUUUAAGUUUUCAUUCUGGAUGUAGAGAGCACAUAUUAAAGACGUUUAAAUUAAAUCUUGUCUUUUUAAAAAACGUCCUUCGGUCCGUCGAAAUUUGAGUGGCGCAGCCGGUAGGAUACUCGAUAAUAUCCUGCUGCCGAGCUAACACUAUAGCCGAAAGGAUCUGUGAUAGUGCGGUGCUUGUACGAGUAUCCUCGAACCAAAUAAAUAACUCUCCCGCGACGCGUACGCGUAAAACUCAAUCGCUGAAGUGAAACGCGUACUGUGACCUCAAGGACGAGCAUCCAGGAUCAUAAGUGAAGGACAUGGGAGCGAGCAGUCUGUGAGUAAACCUCUUCACUCCUGUUUUUCACAUUCCCUGUUUUCACGAAAUCCCCGACCCAAAAUAGUCGGCCUAAUCAUUACGAUUAUUUGAUUUUGUUCGUUACAAUUAUCGUGAUAAGUCGUAAUUUUUAGUGUUUAAUUUUAAGUGUUAGUUAUUAGUAAAAAAUAGUGUUAUCUUUAUUAUAUUUAGAGUUUUAAUCGCUAAAACUAACUAAAAGAACCAAAAUGGAAGAGAUUAAACUCAUACCAAGAGAAAUACUAUGUAUCAUCCCCAAAUUUGAUGGAGAUGAAAAACUGUUAAACCUAUUUAUCAAUAAAAGCGAAUACAUUAUAAGAUCAUUCCAAGAUGCGAACAAUAACGCACAAAACUUAUAUGUAUAUCAUGCCAUAACGAGUAGGCUUAUCGGUAAGGCAGCUUCACUGCUUAGUGAUUACCAAAAUAUAACUUCAUGGACUGAAUUAAAGGAAAUACUUACCCAACAUUUCGGAGACCCGCGAUCGGAAGAAUGUAUCGCACUAGAAUUAGAAGGGUUAAAAAUAAAACAAGGUGAAAGUUACAUACAGUUUUGCCACAGAAUACAAAAUGUUAAAAGCUCCCUAUUUUCAAAAGUAAACCGCCUCACGGACGAAGGAGUUAAAGCCGCGAAGAUGAUCAUAUACAAUAAUACUGCGUUAAAUGUUUUUCUGUACAACCUCCCGGAGGACAUGAUCCGGAUUGUUAGAUUAAGGGGUUGUACAAACUUAGAAAAUGCACUUAGCGUAGUUACAGAAGAAGUAAAUUUUAUACAACAAUAUAACGCAAAGAUUAGUAAGCCAAAACCUAUAACUCAAAACACUUUCCAAAAUCCAUUAAAACCUAAUUUCAGUACGAUGCCUUUAAAUCAAAACUUUAAAUACGGCAGUCCUCAACAGCCAAUUGGUUAUAGACCGAAUUUCGCUCAACAACCUCGACCAAAUUUAAUGCAACCACCUCGACCAAAUUUUAUUCAACAGUUAAGGCAAACACCACAAGCCCAAGGCUAUAAAUUUGGCACACAAUCUAAUAAUAACCACCAAUUGCGACCUUUUCAAAAUUCCGGUUAUAAAUUUGGAAUCCCAAAUCAACAAACAGCCCAACCUCGUUUUAAAUUUGGCAUACAACAUGCCCAGGCACCGAACCCCGGCUUAAAUAGCGAUGUAUCAAUGCGUACGGCACCUAUGAGGCAAAACGUAACUCAUAAUCUGUACUACUGCGAUGAGCCAAAUUAUGAAAAUUACGAUAACUCAACCUUAGAUUAUAACGAAGAAGCCGCGAACGAGUUAUACGAAUAUACCGAUCCGGAAGUAACUGAAAGUAAUUUUAAUGACAACAACGAAAAUUUUCCGUUACCGGCCUCCGACGAGACGGUGAAAUAAUUAAUUUAAAUUAUUGUGACAGCAUCUUAAAAUUACCACAUAUUAUAGUUCCCGAAAUAAAAGCAAAGUUUCUCAUAGAUACAGGAAGCAGCCGUUCUUUUAUAAGUCCAGCCAAAGCGGAAGAAUAUUUUAGAGAUCAUAAACAGUAUGAACAAUUCACAGUUGUUAGUACCCAUGCGCAAAGCACUCAUGAUGAAGUUAUAGUAAUUCCGUUAUUAAAAACUUUUAGAAGCACACUUCCCCACAAAUUUUAUGUAUACAAUGUAGACAGUAGGUACGA